AUGCCUUCCGCCUCGUCGUCCGCCUCGUCGUCCGUCUCGUCCACCGACAGUGACUCCUCAUCUGAAGCCGGUGACCUUAGUCCUCUGCACAAAGAGCUUUUAGUGAAACUCGGCGAUCUUCUGAGGACACGACCUUCCUUCAGUCAUGGAACAAUGCAGCUACCCUCACAGGCUUUCACUCUCUUCUACGGAGACGGCCAAGAUUUUCGCCGCAUCAACCUCUCCAGCGCCACUGACACAGAGCUCGCACAUCUUUCAGACGUGUGCGCAGCAGCUACCUUUGGUCGGAACCAACAGGAUGUUCUCGACGAGUCAUAUCGGAAGGCUCGCAAGCUCGAUUGCAGCGAGUUCGCCUGUCAUUUUGACGCUGAACGCUCCGGGCUUGUUAAGGUAGCUUGUGGAGAGCUUCUCGUAGGCGAAGACAGCACCCGCCCGAUCAGGGCAGAGUUGUACAAGCUUAACGUAUAUGGCCCUGGAUCAUUUUUCAAGCCGCAUCAGGAUACACCGCGUGGGACGACUAUGUUUGGGUCUCUUGUCGUUGUCUUUCCCACUCCUCACAAAGGCGGUGAACUGGUGUUAUGUCCCAAUGACGCUGAGGAACACACUGUGCUUGACUUUACUGCUUGGAUGGGUAAGAAAGACGGGCCUUCCAUCGCCUAUGCUGCGUUCUUCAGCGACGUCUCUCAUGAAGUGUACGAGGUUAAACACGGCUAUCGUGUAUCUCUCACGUAUAAUCUUUACUACGACGACCCCUCGAAAGACGUUUCUGCCACUGAAAAGACGUCCAUCGUCAUCGAAUCCAACAUCCUAGAGACUUCGAUCGCCACCUCCCUCACCGAAAUACUCUCCGAGCCAACGUUCCUCCCCAAAGGCGGUCUCCUUGGGUUCGGCCUCCGCUAUCAGUACCCCACCGACAGCGACGAAUACUUCAAGAAGCAGAAUAUCAUCUCCCGCCUCAAGGGCGCUGAUUCCACCAUAUCUCGCCUUCUAUCUCAGCAAGGCCUGAAGCCCUUCCUCAUGGCCGUAUACAAAGCGAAUGACACAAGCAUCAUGUGCGAUCACUUCGUCGAUUACCUUGGGGACCUCGGGGACGAAGACAACCUCUGCGAUAUUCUUCUGCGGGACCAUCGUGGAAUCGUCAUCGAUAGCUGGGCAGACGCUUACCCCCGCGAUCCUGCCAUUGAAGAGCCCGUGACGUGGAUCACGGAACCGACGUUUCUCAACACUGACUCGAAGGACUAUACGACGUUUGGGAACGAGCCGUUGAGUUUGUGCGCGUAUGCGGAUCUGGUGCUCAUGGUUAGGGUUGGUGCGCCGUCUGAGAGAGCUCGAGUCCCGAAGAUCAAGCGAACGAAACGGGUGUACGACGGGUAUCUAAGAACAUAUCACAAAAUCUUCUAUUACAGUUCGGAUUCCGAAUGA